AUGGCUUGCACACACUUUAAUAGUGCUGACAACAUUAAAGCUCCGACAAAGGGCACUCCGGUAUUUAAAGAUGACUGCAUGCUGUGUUUUGAUACAGCGUUCGAACCGAAAGGUCUCGAUAUUUGCUUGCAUUGCUUUCAAUCAUUUUCCAGAGGCGAUCUGAACCAUACUCAACUCCAUUCCGCUCUAUUUGAUCACACUUUGUACUUAAAUUUGAAGAAAGUUCUCAAACCCAAAAGAGAAAGAAAAGAGGGCGAAGAAAGUCCAGAAAAGAUUGCCAAAUUAGAAAUCAAAGAUCAAUCGGAAGAAGAUUUAUUUAACAUUCAAACUGCCCUUUUUUGCUCUUCGUGUGAUGAUCAGUUUCCCUUAAAGCAGGAAGAUCUUCCAGCUAGUACUAAUUCAAUAGUUGAAACUGUCUUGCAUUCAAGCUCCAAUGAAAGGAAAGAAGAGAUCAAGUCUUGGGAACAAGAAAUUCUGCCCUGCCAUCAUUGUUUUGACAUCGUUCAGCAACCUAUAGAAGAUUUAGACCUUACCCAAUGUCAAUCAUGCGACUUGAAGGAGAACUUGUGGAUAUGUGUUGUUUGUGGUAGUCUAGGAUGCGGAAGGCAACAGUUUGGAGGUAUUCCGGGAAAUUCCCAUGCGUUGUCUCACUUUGAAAGUCAUGAAAACCAUAAUAUCGCUGUAAAGCUAGGCUCUCUAUCCUCAGAUUCUGCAGACUGUUAUUGUUAUAAUUGUAAUGAUGAAGUUAAAGUGCCUGAACUUGGCAAGUACCUAUCAAGAUUUGGUAUCAAUAUUCAUGAAGUGGUAAAAACUGAGAAGAACCUCACUGAACUUCAAAUUGAGCAGAAUGUCAAAUGGGACUUUAACAUGGAUCAAAAAGAUGGGAAGUCAUUGGUUCCUGUUUUCGGUCGAGAAUUGACUGGGUUCAAGAACUUGGGAAACUCCUGUUAUCUCGCAAGUGUUUUGCAAACAUUGUUCUCCCUUCGGUCGUACAAAGAAUUUUUUCUCAAUAGAGAUUUCCCAAUUGAUCGAUUGACUACUCCUAAUACUGAUUUAAACAUACAGCUUAUAAAAAUAGCGGAUGGACUUCUUUCGGGAAGAUAUUCCAUCCCUGAUUAUUCAACGACUGAGGAAAUAAAGUUUCAACGUGGGAUAAAGCCUUUUGGAUUCAAGAAUUUAAUUGGUCAGAAUCAUCCAGAAUUUUCUACCAUGAAGCAACAAGAUGCUUAUGAAUUUUGGCUUUAUAUCAUGGACAAGAUUGACGAAUUGUAUGUGUCUGAAGAGAAUCCUCCUAACUCGCCGCUCCAUUUUGUGCUGGAGAACAAAUUGAAAUGUUCUACUUGUUCUAGUGUCAGGUUUAUAAAGGAGGUCACAAACAGUUUAGCCCUCCCCGUGGAAGACACAGUGUUGGAUAUUGAUGAUGAUGGUAGAGAAAGAUAUCAACCUGUAACCUUUGAGUCUUGUUUCAAAAAUUGGGCUCAGGAAGAAGAAAUCGAACACAAAUGUUCAUUUUGUCAAGGGGAAAAACUUGUCAAAAGUCAGUCAUUGCAAACGUUCCCUGAUGUUUUGACGGUGUCAACAGAGAGGAUCAAGUUGAAGAAUUGGGUACCAAUCAAGACCGACGUUCCAAUCUUGUUCAAAAGAGCGGAAGAAAAAACUUUGGAAAGGAUCGAUCUCUCAAACCUGAGAUCACAAGGCUUACUUGAAGGAGAAUCGUUAAUGCCCGAAGAUGUUUCCGAUUCCGAAGAAACCGGAUUUGAACCCAACCCAGAAGCUAUCCAACAACUUGAAGCGAUGGGCUUUCCAAAUAAUCGAUGUUUGAAGGCUUUAUUUAAUACUGGCAACUUGUCUGCUGAAGAUGCUAUGAAUUGGCUCUUUAGUCAUAUGGAAGAUCCUGAUAUUGACUCUCCAUUUGAGUUGCCUAAAGAUAGCAGCAGCAGCAAACCCGCAAUUGAACCAAGCCAAGAAUUGGUAGAUAAUCUUGUUUCUAUGGGCUUUACGUCAAAAUUGGCAAAGAAAGCCCUGAUACUUAAUAAUAUCAACAUAGAAGCUGCGGUUGAGUGGUUAUUUUCGAAUCCCGAUGAUGAUGGAGAGAUUCCAGAUGGGCCACCCAAAGCAAAGUCGCAAGAACAGCAGAUCAGCGAGCUUAUUGUGAAAGAAUCCAUAAAGAGACCUGAGUACAAAUUAUUGGCUGUUAUAUGCCAUAAAGGAAUCACUGUUCAUUCUGGCCAUUACGUGGUGUUUAUCAAGAAGAAGAUCGAUGGACAACCAAGGUGGAUUUUGUUCAAUGACGAAAAGGUGGUGUUGGCAGAUGAAGCCAACAUCAAGGAGAUGGAGUCCAAUGGGUAUCUUUACAUUUUUGCGAAAGUGGGAAGUAAAGACGAUUUAUGA